AUGAUCACGAAGCAGCAUGCUGAGAGCUCUACCUUACUUGCUCCAUAUGCUCGCCAAGACUGGAAACACAGCGAUCGUAUCAAGCGCGAAUCCCGGCACAUCUACAACAAACUUCACUCGAUCUCUCACGACUCUGCAUUCGUUCAUCAGAUCCACUCGCUCUUCUCUUCUCUCCUACUCAUAGCAAAUUUGAGAUGCGGAGCAUGGUACACAGACCCAACGAUCACCUCUGCCGUCUCGUACUUCAAGUCCACUGAUGGUCACACGCAUCAAUGGAGUUUCAGCUUGAAACGGUCCAACCUCCACCUGGUGCCUGCAAUUGCUCAUGCAGGAGGAGCGAUCGUUGUCGACUCGACCAGACGGGGGAAAAGCAUGCCGGAUGCUUUAAGCAAGACCAUCCCAAUCUGGUGCGCCGUGCUGAACAAGGCAUCGAACAGAAAAUUUGGCUGCCCUCCGGAGAACAAAGAGGGUUUCCUCUUGCACACUCCACAAUGGUUGAUUCCGCCGACCGAACACGAUCAGAUUCUGGCAAAAAUUGAUAGCUUUGUGACUUCAUUGCUCGACUCGGACCUCGAAGUUCCGCAGCUGAAGAAGCCGCUCAAACCGAUCUUCAUCACACCGCAGACGGAUCUCGAUACGAUUUCAGAGUCGAAACAGGCAGUCUUUACUCCAAUCAUCCUGGUGUCGACAUCGAAGUUCAUCCUGGACUCAGCGCAGCUCAAUGCGCAUGAUAUCGAAAACUCGCACAGAUCCAAAGACAAGUUCAUCUAUGUACAAGGAGCAGGUGACGAUCACGAGAACUGGGCACGCGGCCUGACUCCAGAAGCGUUCUGGAAGCAUCGUACGCAACUUCUUGCAUGCGACAAGGAAAGCCUUGAGGCACUGGUGGACACUAUAGUUGCAGAGGAGGCGUCAUCCGUUCAACCAGGCGGAUAUUGGUUCACACCACUUUCCGUAUCACGUCUUACUGACUGCCCGCCAGUUGCGACUAUCGCUUCUGAAGGUGGAUCAGACGUACAGAUUGGAGCCACAAGAGUCUCCAUUGGCACUCGGACAGCACAUCACGUCUUUUCAGCUCAAGAGAAAAAUCAAUACGGCUUGAUCAUUCACUUUACUGGCUCACCGAUGUCUGCCGUUAGCGAUGAGCAAACCAGUCAACUCGCUGGAUCUCUCUCGUCUCUCCGCCUCUCGCCGGAUAUAGAGCCCAGAGCAAGGAUCCUCCAACUUCAGAUGUCACCGAACAAAAAGGGUAUAUUAGCUGUCCGCACUGCCUAUUCACCAGCCAUUGAUCUAGCCCAUCGCACACUUGUCUCCGCACCUUCUUUGUCGACAGACAGAGCUCAGGUACUUAUCUGCUGUCAGGACGGCAAAAAUUUGUCUGGAAGCCUUGCGGUAGCUAUCCUAGCAUCGUGCUUCACAGACCAGCGCCAACUGAUCACAGAUGAUACAGCUCGAUCACAACAUACAGCUGAAAUCAGCAAGGACACAACAAAGAGAAGAUUGCAGUGGCUUGUCAGUGCCAAUCCUCGUGCGGCACCUAGCCGAGCAUUUCUUCUCCGCGUCAACGAGCUUCUCAUCAGUCCUCGUCGCCGACCGACUAGGAGCAAUGCAUAG